AGUCAAUCUAAUCGAAGUGCUUCACUGUCAAGUUGUGGGAGGAAAGAGGUGCACAGGGAAAUGGACUUAAGGUGUUAACAGUGGUUUCUGGACUGACUGAGCAAAUCUGAACUGGACCCGCUCAUUUACAAAGACACUUAUUGAUUAGGAGCAGAGUUUGGUACAGAAUGUCACUCUCCCCGACAUAUUCCCCAAGCAGCAUCAAGUCUCACGCAUCAACCCCUCAGGUCGGCCGACACACCUGCGAGCCCCUCGGGACCUCCUGCCAACAGAUGGUAGAAUCACAGAACGAAGAGGGCAUGGACGUCUGCUUCACGCAGUGGGAGAGAAACACCUUCAGUUUGAGAACUGCAUGUGUAAACAGGAGGCACAGCGCAGACGGGGGCGUCACGUCGGGGUCAAGAGACCGGCUCGCUGACUCUGACCGCUUCCACCCGUACCAUCGGCAGUUCAGUGAUGGAGCAGUGGCCGUUGCCGGUUGCCUCCAGGAGAGGCCACCUUCGUCCUAUCUCCAGGAGCUGCGCAGCCCUGACACUUGCUCCCACAGCGAGGACGGGACGACAGCCUGGGACCAGUACAACGGCAGCAUUCAGGUUUCUGGAGUCAUGGUACACUCAGUUUUAUUUAUGUUAAGGCUUUGCAAUCCAACACAGAGUGAUGAACUGACAUCAAGUUGCUGUAAUAGCAAACUUCCUUUUAUUUUCUCAAAUCCGCAGAGUUCUUACACAGAGAUACCAACUGCACCAGUGGAGCCCUCCUGCUUCCUGUCCCAAAACUAUGCAUCCUACAACUCAUCGAGCCCUCUGCAACAGGUUUCAUCUAGGCUGUAUCCUAAUAGCAACCAGUCCACCAACACCAAAUAUUCCCUGUCCACUCAGUCACACAAGGACCAGUCCCUCUUUCCAAAGCCCAUUUACUCAUACAGCAUCUUGAUUUUCAUGGCUCUGAAGAAUAGUAAGACAGGAAGUCUGCCAGUCAGCGAGAUCUACAGCUUCAUGACUGAACACUUCCCAUACUUCAAGACAGCCCCGGAUGGAUGGAAGAACUCUGUGCGGCACAACCUGUCCCUGAACAAGUGCUUUGAGAAGGUGGAGAACAAAAAUGGGAACACAUCACGUAAAGGCUGCCUGUGGGCGCUCAAUCCGGCCAAGGUGGAGAAGAUGCAGGAAGAGCUGCACAAGUGGCGUCGCAAAGACCCCAUCAGUGUUCGCAGGAGCAUGGCGAGGCCAGAAGACCUUGAUCGUCUACUCGGAGAGAGACCCGACAAACUCAGGUCUUUGCCACCUUACACCAGCCCAGCUCCCAUAUCGAGAAUGGCCCCUCUCUACAGGACCGCCUCGUCGUCUUGUACCCCAGCCCAGGUUCGACGAGCGUGCCAACCAGUGGGGCGUUCCCACUAUGCCCGCAUUCAACCUCAGCAGCCCUGCUACUUUCCCCCCGCCACUCCUCACCCCAGCAACUCCUUUGCUGUGUACUCGCCCUGUGGACAGCAGCCUGCGGCCGGCGAUCCAUCAGCCACCGGAAGCCUGAACUCGCCCAUGCCGGGGAGGAUGCCACCUGUUUACAACGCCGCCCUGCAGGAUUUGCUGUUGGAGGGGGAUGCUAGUUAUGACAUUGACACACUCAACCCCACCCUGAUUGACCUGCAGCUGCAAGGUAACUUGUGGGAGGAGUUAAGGGAGGACAGCCUGGUGUUAGAGCCGCAAGUUAGCAACACAGCUUUGUCCGCCUGCCAACAUUCACAGGACAGCUGCCAGCUGCAGCUAAUCACGCCUCCUCUCAGUGAGUCGUCGGCGGAGGCGGCCGGCGGUCAAUGUAAAGCAGAGUACGAGGAUGAGGAGGACACGGGCACCGGACGAGACGUGGGGCAGCACGGCCGUUUGAAUGGACUGCACCCUGUGGUUUAUUCAGGAGUGGAAAGUUUGGCUGGGUAUCUGACCUCCUGCACCACAUCCAUAUCCUUAAUGUAAACCCUCUUUCACCCUUCCUGACUAGUAACAAACAGUAUGAACGAUAUGAAUGGACCAUAUUGUUGCAAGCUUCACGGCACGCUGUCUGUUUGGCUGUCGUGACACCCUUCUGUUUAUCUCUGUGUGACAGACCCUGUUUUUACAGUUGUAAAACUAUUCACAGUUGAGGUCACAGUCGAGCUAAUAAAAGAAAUGAACAAUUUAACCCUUUUAUCUUUUCGAGUACACGUUUCUUUACCUGUAUAUUUCAAGGAGCCUGUAUCAUUUCUCGUGGUGACUUCAUAAUCAGUUUACGAAGUGUUUCGAUUCUUUUCCCAUCCCUCAUGAAACUGUAAUUAAAUUGCUCAUAGUAAACUGUGGUGUUAAUUUGUGAAUUUAUGUUUGUAUUUAUUUACCUUUUACAAGCUGUGCUGUUGCAUUGAUUGACAAAUUUCAUAUUUUUGUUGAAUAAAAUUGUGUAUUUUUUAAGUCAUUUAAAAAAUGUUUCAUUUUUGCCAUUUGUCAAUCAGUUUUCCAGUAUAAAUAAAUGUGUAUAUUCUUGCUGUA